AUGGAGACGCCCCAAAUCCCGCAGGAUGCCCUGCAGCUCAGCGCCAUGGUUGCGCAAAACUCCACCGCCGCCCGGCAACUCUACGCGCGCGCCGCUGCCGCCGCAUCGCCAGACCUUCCCGGGAAGCGCCAGAAGCUGGCCGACGAUUUCGACGACACCGUACUGAAACGCCGCUUCCACACCGAGUACGCCGGCUCCGACACGCUGCCGCCCUCCCUCGCCGCGAAACAGCCACAGAAAAAGGGCGCCGCGUCCAAAUCCCUAGUCCUCGCGCCGCGAGCGGGCGGUGGCCAGCCUCAGAAGCUCCUCCAAGGUCCCGGGGCCGCCGCCAGUGGAAACACACCACCACAGCAGCAGAAUACAAGCCUGGCGACACGAACCGCCGGCGGUCCGAGCGCCCUCACGAUACAACAAGUCAAGCCCGAAUGGCACCCGCCGUGGAAGCUGAUGCGCGUCAUCUCCGGCCACCUGGGCUGGGUGCGCGCACUGGCCGUCGAGCCCGGCAACAAGUGGUUUGCCAGCGGCGCCGGCGACCGCACCAUCAAGAUCUGGGACAUGGCGACCGGCGGGCUCAAGCUCACCCUCACCGGCCACAUCAGCACCGUGCGCGGCCUGGCCGUAUCGCCCCGCCACCCGUACCUCUUCUCCUGCGGCGAGGACAAGAUGGUCAAGUGCUGGGAUCUGGAGACGAACAAGGUCAUCCGCCACUACCACGGCCACUUGAGCGGUGUCUACACCCUGUCGCUGCAUCCCACGCUCGACGUGCUCGUCACGGGCGGUCGCGACGGCGUCGCGCGCGUGUGGGACAUGCGCACCCGGAGCAACAUCCACGUCUUGUCCGGCCACACGGGCACCGUGACCAAUGUCCAAUGCCAGGAGGCAGAUCCGCAAGUCAUCAGCGCCUCCCUCGACUCGACUGUUCGCCUGUGGGAUCUAGCGGCCGGCAAGGCCAUGGGCGUUCUUACACAUCACAAAAAGGGUGUCCGCGCCCUCGCGGUGCACCCGGAGGAGUUUACCUUUGCCAGUGGAAGCACGGGAAGCAUCAAGCAGUGGAAAUGCCCUGAGGGUGCGUUUAUGCAAAAUUUCGAAGGCCAUAAUGCCAUCAUCAACACCUUGAGUGUCAACCAAAACAACGUCUUGUUCUCUGGCGCCGAUAACGGGUCCAUGAGCUUCUGGGACUGGAAGACUGGACACAGAUUUCAAGCUCUCGAUACCACAGCACAACCUGGUUCCCUGGAUGCAGAAGCUGGCCUCAUGAGCUCAACAUUUGAUCGCUCUGGCUUGCGUCUCAUCUGUGGUGAAGCUGACAAGACUAUAAAAAUAUGGAAACAAGACGAAAAUGCCUCCGAAGAAACACAUCCUCUUCAGUGGACACCAUCACUCGGACGGCGCAAGUUUUAG